ACGAGGAAACUGGAUCCGCCACUGACAACAACACCAGCAAACACAAAGAUGACCCGGGGAAGCACGAGUCCCGGUAGGUGAAAUGCCGGUAACGGUGGCGGAGUGGAGAAGAUGCGGCGGCGGGGGCGCGCGCUGCUGGCGCGUGCUGAUGCUCGCCGCCACCGCGCUACUGAUGCUUGCGGAGAGAUCUGCGCUUGUUUACUGUAUCGGGUUCUACCUGUGGCAGGAUGAGUUGUGUUUGGCCGGACUGACCUUUGCCUUCCUGUUGCCGGGGUCACUGGUGCAGGUGUUGAGUUUCAGGUGGUACAGAGCCGACGGAGACACACGAAUUUGCCACAAUUUCGUCGUACACACACUGCACCUGGGCAUCUUCAAAAGGUUAUUGGACUGCAGCAUGGGCGAAUGGACGCAGUCGCACGCGCAGGAGGUGAUGCAUCACGCGGAUGCGUCUGCUCUGCGUCUCUUGGAGGUUCUUCUGAUGACCCUUCCGCAGACGUUCUUGCAGACGUACGUUCUCACUGCUCCCGGCUACGGUCUCUCGUCUCCAGUUGCUCUGUGUGCUGGUUUGUGUUUGCUCUCGUUGUCCUGGGCGUUGGUCCUGUACAGUCGGGCGUGUUGUCUCAUUCGUCCCGGGCAUUUGCAGAUGCCACCAGCUGCGCUCCUGUGCCAGCUGCUGUGGAGGGCAGGCACGUUAGCAGCACGCUUCACCAGCCUCGCCCUGUUCACCCGAACCUUCGGCUGCUGGGUCAUCGGUGUCAUGGCCUCUCAUUGGCUGAUCGGUGGGCUCUGGUUGGUCUCCCAGCAGACCGACAUAUAUGUGGGCAAAUGGUCGUGGCGUGUGUUUAACGUGAUUCUGGGAGGGGUCCAUGUGUUCCUGUUUCUCAAUGUAAAGGACGGACCCUCACGGUUCCGCAUGGCAGGAUUCUACACGGUAAUGCUGCUGGAGAAUGCAACACUGUUAUUGGCUGCUUCUGACAUCCUUACUGAUGCAUCAUGGGAUAGCCUGAUCGUAAACACUGCUGUCUUGUGCAGUUUUCUGUUUGGUUUGACCGCCCUUGUGUCGUACUACCGAUUUCUACAUCCCAAAUCCACCGAAAUCUCGCAGGGUUUGCAUCAGCAUGCGCACAUGGGCAGGGAAUGUCUCCAGCAGACCGAUUCUUCAUUCUCUCUUGGAGACAAAAGUCUUCCCCCCGCCCUUUUUCCGUCCUCUCACCCUUCCUGUUCCCUCUCCGGAAUUCCCGGAUCUCUCCUGGAGCACCCGGGGAGCUGCGGAGUAAAACCGGACGGCGAGUGUCGACACCAUCACUGGCUGCUGAUACGUCUCGCCCUGAAAACCGGCGACCCCACUAAGGUCAACGGGGUGUACGGUGCGGGGGGCUUGUCUGGGAUACUGGUGAUGGAUCAAAAAGCAGAUAUAAGCGAGGACGGGUGUGCGCUCACCUCUGACAGCAGGGACGAUACGCUGGCGCCGCUGUCCGACUGCAGGGAGGAGUUUGAGAGCGUGAGUGAAGCGCGAGCAGAGGAGGACGAAGACGACAGUCUGGAAAUGGAAAGCCCGUUGGAGUCGCCAGUCUCAGAGUGCAAGAGGAGCUCACCGGAGGGCAAGUCCGUGUUUGGGGACAGUCCCGAGCCGAACUACUGCCCCACCGAAUCAAGCUCCACCUUGUACUUCAGCGCAGACCCACAAUCCCCCAGCAGCUCCAGUAACCCACGCCUGGACCGCGAGAUGCACUUCAGCUUCGGUUCCGGGCUAGAAACUCUAGAUGAGCUGAGCCCCAUCUCCACAGACGGUGGGCUGCACAGGGAUCUCAUGAGGGGACUUCUUGAUCGAGCCGGGCCCUGCUACACGUCCUCGCCCGGACUGACCGGACAGGGGCUUCCAGAGAGUUCUGUAACCCACCUCAGAGGACCCCGCAGGCAGGUCGUUCUCUCCCGCAGGGUUUUAGAAGAGGACGCCGGGUUUUAACAGCAGAGCAGUGAAGCUAUUGGAGAUGCAGGACCCGUCUCUUGUGAAACGCGGGUGAAUUUAAAACUUUUUUAAAUGUAAAACUUUACUGUGAGAGAUUGUAAUAGAUUUUCCUCUGCCCAGAUUCAGGGAUGUAUGAAAAGAUGCGUGAAGAAUUGUCAUAAUCGAUAAUCAUUCAUGCGGAUUAUCGACUUCAUAAUCUGAUGCAUCGUGCAUUGCUGUGUUCUUGCAUACUUUCCCUCUAGAAUGUGAAACUUUAGUGAACUAAAUACACGAUUUUACCUGCAAUACAUCCCAUUUGAUUAUAGAGACCGAUAGAGCAUUUAGCAAUGACUGAUCGCUGUCAACGUGAACAGGCCAUUCAUUUAUACCAGAAAACUAGAAAAUGCAAGCAGCUUAUAAAAAUGCAAACCUUGAAACUUGAACCUAAUUAUUUAAGGCAUUAGAACUCUAUGAAAAGAUUCAGAUAUGGAAAAGUUUAAACUUGCAUAUUUUUUAUGUUUACAUUUUUUAAACGUUUGUUCUGUGUUUGUCUCGGUGCCUAUGUUCAGAAUGGAAUACCAGCGUACCGCGUCAUGCAUGCUUUUUAGUUUAUACUGUAUACUGUAUACUAAAUAAUAUGUGUCGGUACACAGUAUGGAGGGAUUAAAUAAAAAAACUUACUUUACGUUUGGCAAGUGGAUAGUGUAAUUAUGCAUAAAAACUCCAGGAGUUGCAUUUUCAUCUUCGCAAAAAUAGAAGGUCAGAUAGAGUGGUUUGCAUUGUGGGAUUCAGUCCACAUAGUGUGCACCAUAUGCUACAUCUUGAAAAUAGAGCAAAAUAUAUCUGCAAAACUCUUAGUACAAGAUGAUAGUAUGCCAUUCUGAACUCAAGCCCGCCUCUGUAAAAAUCGACAUGCUGUUGAUGUGACAAGCACAAUCCUUUCACAAGUUGCAGGCCUUAUGUCUCCGUUCUGUUAAACUUGUAUUCUGUCAGACUGUGAUGUAACUCUUUUGAAGGGCUGUAGUCUGAAUUAUUAUAUUUGGCAUAUAGUGCCUGAUACUGACAAUAGAUCAAACGUAAACUCAGAUAAUGAUCCGAUCUGUGAGUUUUUAAUAGCAAAUCAUUUCAUUUGGCUCUGUCCAUCAUCGUAUUAUUAUUAGCUCCUACUACGUCAGUCGUUUAUAUCAGUUGAAUGUCGUGAGAUGUGAUGCACUGUAUCUGCUGUACCACAUUUCCUGUGAUGUAUUUAUUUUUGCUGAAAUAGUGUAAUAAUCUUUCUGCAUUCAAAAACGCAACAGGUUAAACUUACGGUUUUUACUAACCCGUUCAAUAUCUAGUCUUAGAAGUACAGGGGUUAUGUAAAACAUCCAAAGAUAUUUAUUUAUUUAUUUAGCUGAUGCAUUACUAUCUUUAUAUGUUUCAGUGAAUAUCUUAACAUUUGUAAAUCUUGGUGGUUUUCACCGUUUGAAGUGCUCAAUGUGUGUUUGGUUUUUAAUAAGGCAUUAUGAGAGAGUGUAUUCUAUCCAAUAGUAGUUAUUGCAUGCUUUUGUAUAAAGGAAAUGUGUGCUUAAACAGAAGUGCUGUAUAUCUCCAAAAGGACUCUCUGUCAACAUUUGCAAUAAAGUCAAACUAUAAGCCAUGCGAUAAGUUAUGGAGAAGAUCAAUUCAGAAAGUCUAAUGUUUGCUUGCUUUUUCAGGGUGUGGAUUGUUCGCUCUUUACACAUUAGAUAUAUUUCUUGCCUGGAAAUAUAGUAAAUGUAUAAAUUAUUGUAAUGAU